AACUCUCAAAGUUUGACGUGAUGGUGCGGAGUCCCAAGAAGUCAACUUAUCGGGCUAAAUCUGAAGAAUCAGAUAAUGACUACAAAUCUGUGGGUUGAGCAGUCGUGGCACGACUACAAGCUGCAGUGGGACCCGCGCGAGUAUGGCGGGGUGGAGAUGCUACACGUGCCCUCGGACCACAUCUGGCGGCCCGACAUCGUGCUCUACAACAACGCCGACGGCAACUUCGAGGUGACCUUGGCCACCAAGGCCACGCUCAACUACACGGGCCGCGUCGAGUGGAAGCCGCCCGCCAUCUACAAGUCCUCGUGCGAGAUCGACGUCGAGUACUUCCCCUUCGACGAGCAGACGUGCGUCAUGAAGUUCGGCUCGUGGACCUACGACGGCUUCCAGGUGGACCUGCGGCACAUCGACGAGGUGAAGGACUCGAACGUGGUCGACAUCGGCGUCGACCUGUCCGAGUUCUACACGUCCGUCGAGUGGGACAUCCUGGAGGUGCCCGCCGUGCGCAACGAGAAGUUCUACACGUGCUGCGACGAGCCGUACCUCGACAUCACCUUCAACAUCACCAUGAGGCGGAAGACGCUCUUCUACACCGUCAACCUCAUCAUCCCCUGCAUGGGGAUCUCCUUCCUCACCGUGCUCGUGUUCUACCUGCCUUCCGACAGCGGCGAGAAGGUGAGCCUGUCCAUAUCGAUCCUGCUGUCGCUGACCGUGUUCUUCCUGCUGCUGGCGGAGAUCAUCCCGCCCACGAGCCUGGUGGUGCCCUUGCUCGGCAAGUUCGUGCUCUUCACCAUGAUCCUGGACACCUUCAGCAUAUGCGUGACGGUGGUGGUGCUGAACGUGCACUUCCGGUCGCCGCAGACGCACGUGAUGGCGCCCUGGGUGCGCCGCGUGUUCAUCCACAUCCUGCCGCGGCUGCUGGUCAUGCGGCGGCCGCACUACAGCAUCGAGAAGCGCAGCAUGGGCGCGCCCACGCACCGCAUCAUGGUGCGCACAUGCAACGGGCUGGAGCUGCGCGACCCGGCCAUGCUGGCUGAGAGCUCGGCCUCGGAGCUCGUCACCUCGGCCCACGCCGCGGACCUCUUCCCGCGCCUCGACUCCCGGGAGGACUUCGCCCCCAGGGAGCUGGAGGCAGCGGGUCUGGGCAGCAGCUGCCGCAUCCACGGCACCCCGCCGCCCCCGCUGCCGCCCCUCUGCGCCGACGACGGGCUGGAGGAGGCGGCCGUGGCCAGCCCCGUGUGCCGCCACCGCCACCACUGGCACAACUGCCCGGAGCUGCACAAGGCCAUCGACGGCGUGCGCUUCAUCGCCGACCACACCAAACGCGAAGAGGACUCCACGCGGGUGAAAGAGGACUGGAAGUACGUGGCGAUGGUGCUGGACCGCCUGUUCCUCUGGAUCUUCACGCUGGCCGUGCUCGUGGGCACCGCGGGGAUCAUCCUACAGGCGCCCACGCUGUACGACGACCGCGUGCCCAUCGACGUGAAGCUGUCGGAGAUCGCGUCGACCACGGCCAAGCCGCACGUGCCCAGCGGCCUGUAG